CGCGCAGGACCGUCCUUCGUGUUUAUCAUUAGUGUAAACACGCUGCUGACGCGCCGACGAUGUUUAUUCGCGAGCGACCUCGCGAUUCGAGGAAUUUCAACAAACGGAGCGUCGCCGUCCGCCGUCGUGGUACGCGGUAAGCGCGGAAAGUAAUAGCACAACGUUUCUCGUUGCAGUUACAGUCGUUGCAGUCGCUUUACGCCUGAUCGAUUAAAAACUCGCGACUCGAAUUCUCGAUCGAUCGAUCUCCGAAACUCGAAUCUCGAAUCUCGAAUCUCGAAACUCUCGAAUCGCUGCCGCAGCGCCGCACUGCGCCGGUAACCAAAGUCAAAAAUAUUCCGUUUCGCAAAAAAGUCUCGUCGUCUUUCGAUCGUCGGUUCGCUUCUUUUUCGCUUUUCACUCUCGUUCUCAGAGCGAGUCGGCGCGGCCGCGCGUUCCGACGAUUCUUGGAAGAUAAACAAGGACGCGUUACGCGCUACGUUCUAUGAGUCUAUGGUUAAAAACCGACGGAAAAAUGUUAACAAUCUCAGUCGAAAGUGCGAAAAGUAUAUACGUACUGACACAGACGUUUCCUUGCAAAUCGAAUUUCAUCGGUUCAUCCGUCACGAGAAAUUCGAAAGAGAGAUAUCUCAACGUUACAAGAAUCCGAGAUACGGUCCUGCGUACAAACAGGUUUCACGCGUGUACGUGUGAGCGCGCGCGUGUGUGCGUAAAGCGAGGAUCGGAUCUUUCAGUCCGCGGCGACACGGGAUUAGCGAGCGCGCGCGAGCGCGCGCGCGCGCGCGCGUGCGACUCGAGCGACUCCGGCUGUAUUAGCGCAGUAGUCGAGUAGUAGAAUAGCUCCGUGCAACUGGCGCAGCAGGAGCAGAGCGCGACGCGGUGGUGGAAACGCGACGCGAUCUCUCGUCGUGAUCGUUAAUGCCGCGCUACGCGUUCCCGCGAGCAAAAGCGGAACGCGCGCGCCUCGCGUAUUAGUGUGUCGCGAACGCGCCGUGUGCGCGUUUGUUUGGAACAAAUAACGCGCGCGAUACUCGAUCCAUCAUAAUAAUAGCGAUGGUGCCGCGUUAUUACGCGCAUCGACAUCCGUAGUCGCGGUGGCGACGGCGACGGCGCGCGAGCGAGAAGGAAGUAGUGCGUGAGAAUAAGCGAGGUAAGUGCGCGCUCGCGCGCGCGCGCGCGUGCGUGCGCGUGUACGUCGAGAGGAAUUUGCGAGAAGAGGAGGAGUUGGAGCAGCGCGCAGGCGGCGAGGCGGCGUGCAGGAUCAGGUCGGUUAUCGCGCGCGGCUAUGCGGGACGUCGGCGUCGCGACGGUACGACGAGACCUCGUCGCGGCGAGAACGUCGCGGAAUGGGGCCCGUUGAUCGGGUUGUCCGGCAGAGCGGCUACGAGGACGAAGGGUUUCGACGACCAUCUACGGCGGCGACGACGGAGGCAUGGACGUUAUCGGGGACGGGGACGAGCAGACCCUCCAGGCGAUUCUCGGUCGUGGCGAUUUCGUCGGGGGGAUAGACAACGAAGCUUUGGAUUUUUCGCAGUUGGAGGACUUUAUCAAUAGCGACAGUGAACAACCUGCGACAUAUUUCGCGGACACCCUUGCCCACAAUGAAAAUGGAGGUGGAGCGGUGUCUCACGGUGGCCGAAUCGAGGCACCCACGUCGCAGUCGGUCGCUCAACAGCAGCAACCACCGCCGCGUCUACCUUCGCCGCAGAUGACUCAGACUCAUCCAGUUUCGAUAGCGUGCGCUUCCGGUACCACGACGGUGGUACCCAACAAUGGCGGCUACAAAGAUCCGCAGGCGUAUGUUCACCCACACGCGCUACCGGAAAGUCCACCGGAUAGCGGAAGUGAGCCACCGUACUCACCGCCGGGACAUAAUGACACUCAACAUGUGCAUUCUCCACAUCAGAAAGCAGCUCUGCAAGAGAUACUUUUGCAUCAUCAGAACAAUCAUCAGUACCCUCCUAAUUUGCUGCCACCUUCUCCGAGAACGUUGCCCGCGACAACAACGGAUCCUCUAUUGUUAACGCCGGUUCUGACGUCCCAUCUUACAUCGGGAGCGUCAAACCUUUCGACGCAGCCUCAGAUAGGGCCGCCUUUAGUGCCGUUAUCGCAUGAACACAGUCCGGCUGGCAUUAAUACGCUAUACUCCUCUCUGCAAUCGGCUCCAAAAAAGAGGAAACUCAGCCAAGAUGGCCUUAUACAUGUCAAACAGGAACCCGAACUGGGUACCGUGGAGCACAGUUGUAGCAGCAGUAGCGCAGUGCUGGACGGCGACGAAGUCGCUGACAGUAAUUACAUCGACGCUAGUUAUCAAUGUAUUCGGUUCCAUCCUUUCCAGCAAACAUCUUGGCACGUUCUUUGCGACCAUAAUCUUAAAGAGUUACCAGUACCACAUUAUAGAGUGGAUGCCGACAAAGGAUUUAAUUUUAGUAAUUCGGACGAUGCAUUUGUUUGUCAGAAGAAAAAUCACUUUCAGAUAACAUGUCACGCGCAGCUUCAAGGAGAGGCCGUAUUUGUUAGGACUGGCGAAGGCCUAAAAAAGAUAAGCGGUUUUCAAUUACACUUCUAUGGAGUUAAAGUGGAAUCUCCGUCGCAAACGAUCAGAGUCGAACAAAGUCAGAGCGACAGAAGCAAGAAACCAUUCCAUCCUGUAACAGUCGAAUUAGGCGGUGAACGUGUUACAAAGGUGACGGUCGGACGUUUGCACUUUAGCGAAACUACGAGCAAUAAUAUGCGUAAGAAGGGAAAACCAAAUCCGGAUCAGAGAUAUUUCCAUUUGGUUGUCGGAUUGCACGCUCAUACAGCAGACCAAGCCAGUUAUCAAGUAGUGGCUCACGCAUCGGAACGUAUAAUUGUCAGAGCGAGUAAUCCAGGACAGUUUGAAUCAGAAGGCACUGGCGUAGGUGCCGAAGGUGGAUGGCAGAGAGGAGCAGCUCCAGAUAGCGUAUACCAUGCCGGCAGGGUUGGAAUUAAUACCGACAGACCGGACGAAGCUCUUGUUGUACAUGGCAAUAUGAAGGUAACCGGGCAUAUCGUUCAACCCAGCGAUGUAAGAGCGAAGCAAAGCGUUCAAGAAGUGGAUACGCGCGAACAACUACGGAACGUACAACAAUUACGCGUUGUCCGUUAUCGAUACGCUCCGGAAUUUGCGCAACAUUCGGGUCUAGACAUCAAACAAGAAGAUACUGGCGUCAUAGCGCAAGAGGUUCAGCAAAUUCUACCGGAAGCGGUGUUACCGGCGGGUGAUAUAGUUCUGCCAAAUGGUCAGAGAAUUGAAAAUUUUUUGGUGGUAAAUAAGGAGAGAAUAUUUAUGGAGAAUGUCGGUGCUGUCAAGGAAUUAUGCAAGGUGACGGAUAGUCUAGAAACGAGAAUAGAUCAAUUAGAAAGGAUAAAUAAACGACUAGCGAAAUUGAAGAGAGGUGAUAGUCUAAAGAGUUCUAUCAGCACAGUAUCCAGUAUAUCAGGCAAUAAAUAUUCAUCAUCUAUUAAUAACAAGUCAUCUUUACACGGAAAGACAAAACGGCUCGAAAGAGAGGAAGAACUUCUUUGCAGUAAUAAAUUUAUUCAAAUUAUUAUUGUUAUACUUAUUCUCAUCAUGGCAUUUUGUCUAGUUGCAAUGGCAACAUUAUAUUUCUUAGAAUACCAAAAACGCAGUAGCGUUGAAUGGUCCGCCAUGGCGAGCAAUGGAAUGUUAGCUAUUGGUCCGGCUCAUCCACCGACAAUGUCUACUACUUCUAAUUAUGAGCAUCGAUACAAUUCAUUGUUACAUAGGACAUUAUCUCCUUUCUAUACUAAACAAGAGUCUUACACGAGGGAAUUAGACGGAGGAUUAUCUAUUAAAAGUAAUUCCCUUACCACACCACCUCCGCACACGAAGCAACAACUGUACUCCCAGGAAAUAACCUGGUAUCCGAUGAGCCAUCCGGGUCCCCAAUCUAAACAUGAAAAAAAUAACGAAUUCCCGGGAAAUUGGCUUAGUAGAAAUGGCGCGGGUGCUGUUCCUAGCAAUGUGGAUGAAAACGAUCAAAGCUCGGAUAUAGAUUCUUCAUCUGCUAAUAAAGGUCCAAUCCCUUUAGGAAGACCUGAAGAAUGUCUCGCACAUUUUACUGAGCUCGAAGGUCCAUGUCAGGUAUAUUGUUGCACAGCUGAGAUUCAUCAAUUAGAAGAUCCUCAGCCUGAUCAUCCACCUGAGAAGAAAUCCAUUUCAGAUCACUUGGAACAGCCAUUAAGCAUGCCACACGAAGAGAAACGAAAAUUAAGUAAGGGUUUUCAAAAUGGUAUUAGUCCAUCCGAUCCCAGCACUCAAACUCUUGUGAAAGAGACCAAUUACAAGUACUUGCAUAAACGAGCAAGACGAGAAACUGGUGGCGGAGACUGGGGAGAAGUCGCUAGCAACGCCGCAGGAUCAUUGCCACCAGAGCCUAGACCACAAUUAUUUAUAGUAGCAAAAAAUUUCAACGCGUCUUUGGAUCAAAGAUAUUGCUCCCCAUCGUCACCAGAUACACCCAAUAACAUUAGUUGCAUUGUACCUUUGUCAAAACAUAUGCCAGAUACGCAUUUAACUUUACAUUUUGUUGGUAUGCCAUGGUAUUGGCAAAUUGUGCAGCAAUGUCCCGUUUCAUCAAAUCCUGGUAUGGAUGAAACAAUGAUGUGUGGUUGGAGCUAUACUAUACAGCAACAAUCUCAGUAUAUUGAAAGUAACAAUCAAUCGGGUGAUCAGUCUUUUUCUCUUGACGUCGCUCAUUAUCUUAGGAAAACUUUAAAGUUUCGAAUACCUACGAUGCAACCUCAAGAGAAUAUUUGCAAAAGUAAACAUGAUGUCGACUAUUUGGAGUUUACAUUGCACUUUUAUCGAGACUGCGAAGAGCAAUGAAUAUUCUCUCCUUGUACAGUAUAAUUUAUAAAAAAACCCGAUAAGUUUCCAAUUAUCUGACAAAAGUUAGAUUUCUCCACUCUAUAUGAAGCCUUUGUGCCUUUGUAAUCUGUCCUCUGCUUUCGUAGUUUACAGUUAUACUCUUGUAUUUUAUAUACAUCAUAUCGCAUAGUGAAAUAUUUACUAACAUGAAGUAUACAUAAAUUACAAUUAUAGCAAUGUAACACGUAUUGUGCAAGAAAUUCCUUUAGGUAAUGUAUGAAGAGAUAUACACCCUCCCCCCCCCACACACACACACACACACACACACACACACACACAUACACAAUUAUCUUUUUCACUUAUAGAGUUGGUAACAAUGACGAACAAAUAAGUAGUGGUUGAUGGGUGUAUUAUUUCUAAAUAUAUUUAUAAAUUUGUAUUAGCAUGAUAUGUCUUACCUUUUUUUGUUUUAAUAUUUUAAGUCCAAUUAAUACUAUUUUCUCUCAGUGAUAUUUGAUAUCAACGAAUCAUAGAUCAUUAAAUAAAUGAUAUAAUUUAUAAAAUAAAACAAGGAAAUAUUUGCUAUAAUGUAAUAUAAAAUAUAAUACAUUUAUGUAUUGUCAGUUUUAUACCCAAUCGACGUACUACAUCUUCUAAUUUAUUAACAGUUUCCUAUGAAACUUAUACUCAAGAUCUAAUUAUGAGCAUAUAUUUCUACACUCCUAGUAUAUAUCUUUUACGUAGUUCACUUUUUAAUUUUUUAUACUGAUUUAUUGAUUGUAUAAAACGCAACAUAUGAAACUAUUGAAACUAUUAACAUUUUAAAUAUUUGUGAAGUUGAAUAAGCUUAUUAUCAAAAUAUAAUGUCACGCAAAAAGCAUUAUAGUGUUUAAAUUGUAAAUAGUCAUAUCAGCUAUAUAAUUAAUUUCACUUCACGAUUAUGUACAAACAACAUUAAAUAUUUAAUAUUAUAAUAUGUUAUAUAAUAUUGUUAUAUUCAAAUAAGGAGACAAGUUAUCGUUGAUUUUUAAUAAGUUAUUUUUAAUUUGAGUAUUUCUUUCUCACAAGGAAUAAUGUGAAAAUCAUCGAGACAACAAAUGUUUUAAUAUUUUUGUUUGCUAUACUAUUUGUUUAUAUUAAAUGAUAUUAUAGAA